GAGACCGUGGGCAGAACUCCUGAGUGAAAUAGAUUUUUACACGCAAGGUUCAUGUUGUUCGACAGAAAUAUACUUUUGCUGAGUGUACUCGAAAGAAGGUUAAUGUAAUAUCGAUCUCUGAAUAAGACGUUUAUUACAAACACUCAGACCAUGAGUGGCAUAGGAGAGCAAGAGGCAGCCACCCAGACGGUAAAAUACUUCUGGCUGUCAGAAGUGGAGGAACGGAACACGUUUAAGAGUACAUGGAUUAUUAUUAACAACAACAUUUACGAUGUUACAAAAUUUCUGGAGGAGCACCCCGGUGGCGAGGAGGUCCUUCGUGAGCAGGCUGGAGGCGAUGCGACAGAGAAUUUCGAGGAUGUGGGACACUCCACUGACGCCAGAGAAAUGGCAGCGAGCUACAAGAUUGGAGAGCUUCACCCAGAAGACCGGCAUAAAAUUGUGAAACCUCCAGAGUCUGAUGUUAUAUUGGUGCCAGAUAAUACAAGCUGGUGGGUAAACUGGGUGGUCCCUGCCCUUGCUGCAGCCAUUGUCACGUUCAUGUACCGUUGGUACACUUCGGAGGACUGACUCCCCCGUCCACCACUCAUGCCGCAACUACUCACCACUUCCAGUAGCAGUAGAGCUAUGCUUGACAGAUUGCAAAACUGCACGCCUCUCGCCGAAUGCUAUACAAUAUCAAAUUGAGCCAGAGUUAAGAUACUCAAGCCAAUCUUUCAGCUACCUGUAAAAUCAGCAGAUUAAGGCAUUCAAUUUUUGUUGUUGUCAUCAAGUGGUUCUCUUCUCAAAGAGAUUUCAAUGUUGAUGUAGAAACUACAUUGUGGUUUAGCCUGUGUUUUAGGCUUGUUCAUUCUGACUCUUGUAAUUAAUGUGUAAAGAGAUAAUGUAGUAUAUUGAUUUUCAUGGCCAGAGAUUAAAGCCAGUACUAAUACAUUCCAGAGAUUAGCCAAGUAAAGGGUUAGGAUGAGCCCCAUUGCACAGCAGUUUGAGUCCUUGCUAAUCUUACAUGAGCCCUGCAUGCUUUUGGGUCAGAUUUUAAACAUUUUUUAAAAAUGCACACUCGUAUCACUAGUAUUGGAAUUUGCACAUUUCUACAAAAUGUACAUGAUUCUAUAUCAUAUUUCAAUGAAUCUAGAAAAAGCGUCCAGGUAUUGAAAUGGAGCUAUUCUGAAGGAAAGUUGUGAUAAAUAACAGUGAGCCUUGCUGAUCUGGAAUGAACCCAUUACUGACCUUGUUCUACAUGCAAUUAAGUUGAGGAUCAGUAGGAUGUGAAUCUGCUACAGGAAAUGACUUCACCCGCAAUCAGGACAGGAGGGCAGUAAGCUGCUGGGUCUUUAAGCCCAGUUACCUCAUCACAUCGUUCACUGUCACAUGUGCAUGAGGCGGGCCACGGUUAAAAACCACAGAAGGUACGCUUCCUUUAGGGAUUCAAAUUGGGGAAUGGGGUUCAAAUUGUGUAAUUGUGUAACUGUGUAAUUGUGUAAUUGUGAAAUCCUGUGAAAGUAGGGUUUCGGAUACCAUUCCUCCAGAAGAAUAUUACAAGAAUUUGCUGGCAAAUGGAAGUUCAUCUCAGGUGCAUUUUAUUUUCUGCCCCACAGAGGGCGCUGGUGCUGAGCUCAAAAAUAAAUCCUUUGCUUUGGAUUGCUAUGCAUUUCAACUAGAUAGGUUGUCCUACCGCUAACUGUACUUUCUUUGGAUAGUGAUAAUGGCUCAUCUGCUCAGGGGACACAACUGCUCUCUUAUUCGUCUGUGCCAGUUCUAUCACUGUGUGAAAGUACAACUAAAGACUGUGCCACUGGAUUCCCCCCUGCUCUGUGUACAGUCCUCUCAUGUGGUAACGUAACUGUAUUGCUUGAAAUUUUAUACCAUUAAAUAAAUUGCUACUGAGUUGCA